UGCUUGGAAAUGGCUUCAGCUUCUCCAACACCCGAUCCCGGUUUGGAGGCUGAAUGGGAGGAGUGGAAGAGGAAAUACGAGAAAACUUACAGCCAGGAUGAAGAAGGGCACAGAAGGACGGUAUGGGAGGAAAAUAAGAAGAAGAUAGAGGAGCACAAUGCAGAGUACGAGGAGGGCAGGACAGGCUUCUGCAUGGGCCUGAAUGAAUUCAGCGACUUGACUAACGAUGAAUUCUGGGAAAUGAUGACUUGCUCUUCAGACUCCGUACUGGAAGACCAGGAGAUAGUCAACAUGCAUCUCUUCAGUGACAUCGCAGAAUUUGAGGAUUUGACAAAGGACAAGGAUGUGACGCCUGAGAAGGAUCAGCCGGAGUAA